GUGAGGAAUAAACCCCAUGAGAUGAGAGUUUGGUAUUAGUAGGCCAAACCCAAACCCAAACCCAAAUUCCCAAUUCCUCUCUCUCUCUCUCUCUCUCUCUCUCUCUCUCUCCCUUUCUCUCUCUCUGAUCAAUUCCCUCAAGAACCCUAAUUCCACUUUCUCUCUUCCCAUUUCUGGCCUCUCUCAAAUGGGGUCUCUUCAAUUCUUCUCUUAAAUGACUCCCUUCUUAAUCCCAAUUCCAGUUUGUCCGACUGCUGGGAAUUUUCACAUGGACUCACACACCCUUUUUUCUCCAGUUUAAUUUCCUUUGCUAAUUCACUCUUUUCUCUUUUGUAUAUUAUACAUACCAUAUAUACACUUUUUUAAUAUAAAUAUAUUAUUUUUUUUUCCAAUUCUGUUUUUUGUCACCUGGGUUUUGAUUCUAUGGCCGCGGUUGCUGAGGAUUCCAGUGAGGCAGCGGCUGCCAAGAAUUUUGAUCCCACCAUGAAUACCAAAUCAGAAUUUGAUGCUCAUAAGCUUGCUGAAAUGUUCAGCAAUUUGAACCCUUUGGCCAAGGAGUUUUUUCCUUCCUCUUACUCUCAUCAUGAUCGCCAAGAUUUUCAUUUUUAUUAUCAAAAUAAUAAUCGAUCGUUCGCCAAGAACUUUCAGGUCGCCGAUCAACUGUUGCACAGUGAUAAUAAUCGCAGGAGAAGGCCUGACUUUAAUAACCAGGGGAGAAGAAGACUGAAUAAUAAUAGAUCUGUCAGAGCACAACAAGAGGAAAGUAUAAGGAGGACCGUUUAUGUCUCUGAUAUUGAUAAGGAUGUCUCUGAAGAGGAGCUUGCCAAGGUAUUCAGGGAGUUUUGUGGUUAUGUUAAUGAUUGCCGAAUAUGCGGCGACCCCCAUUCAGUUCUUCGUUUUGCUUUUGUGGAGUUCGCUAAUGAGCAUAGUGCUAGAGCAGCCAUAGGCCUCAGUGGGACGGUGGUUGGGUCUUAUCCAGUUAAGGUAUUACCUUCAAAGACUGCCAUUCUUCCUGUGAAUCCUACCUUUCUCCCCAAGUCAAAUGAUGAAUGGGAUAUGUGUACAAGGACUAUCUACUGCACAAAUAUUGAUAAGAAGGUAUCUCAGGCUGAAGUUAAGAGUUUCUUUGAAACUUCUUGUGGUGAGGUAACUCGUUUGAGGUUGUUGGGUGAUCAGUUGCAUUCGACUCGUAUAGCUUUUGUUGAAUUUGCUCUGGCAGAGACUGCUCUUCAAGCACUCAAUUGUAGUGGAAUGAUCUUGGGUGCUCAGCCAAUCAGGGUAAGUCCAUCUAAGACACCUGUUAGGCCCCGAGUUACUCGCCCAGGAAGCAUGAAGCCAUCUUGAAAAGCAAACUCUCUCCAAUAUGGGUGGAUGAAAUUUCAGACAAUGUAUGAAUUGUCCCAUGUGUUGGUGAAACUUUCAUUACAGUAGUUGGUUGGACAAUGAAAUUCAGACAAACUUGUGAAUUGUUGAAGCGUUGGUGAAACUUUUUUGUCACAAAAGUUGGCUAUAGCUUAUGUGGCUGAACUUGUUCAUAACUCUUCUUCAAUUGAAGUUCAUUUGACUGAGUUUCAAUCUUUGACAUUUAUUUCCCUUCCCCUCACUGAGAGCUAAGGCCUUAGGUUUUUCUUCAAUCACUAGUUAAUGUUUUGUUAAUCUA